AUGACCGGCAAGAAGAAGCGAUAUAGCGCCGACGAGCUCGAGGCCGCGGUCCAGGCGUACGUCGGUGGCACCAAGCUGCGCGAAGUGCACCAGAAGUUCCCGCACAUCCCCGAGCGCACGAUCACGAACCGCGCCAACAAGUUUGUCAACGACGUCAAGCUGCAGAAGCCGGGCCCCGCGCCCGUGCUGAGCGUGCCGAUUGAGACAAACAUUGCUGCGUGGAUCGUCGAGAUGCAGACGAAUGGCUUCCACGUCUCCCGGCAAAUGGUGCUCAGCAAGGCCAACGAGAUCUACCAUACGUCCAACCGCGCCGCGCCGCCGUCCGGGUACCUUGGCGACGGCUGGCUCAAGCGCUUCAUGGAGCGCCAUCCCGAGCUCACGCUGCGCGACGCCAAAGGCAGCAAACGCGUCCGCGUACCCGAGGCGCCCAAGCUACAGUUGCCACUGGAGGCGCCGCCGGUCAAGCGACCCGCGACGAGUGCUGCGCGCGCGGCGACGCCGCCGCUCGAAGAUGCGAUGGACGAAAAGCACGCCGAGAAGAAGCAAGAGAUGGAAAUGGAGAUCCUGAAGAAGACGCUUCGCAUCAAGAGCAUCGAAGUCAUUAGCUCGACGCUUCUGGCGCGGCAAAAGCUCGUCGAGGCCGGCGUUCCUCAAGACGACAUUGACAAGAUGCUGCCAUUGCCGCCGCCGGAAGAAGGCAUGCCGCUCAUGCAAUAA